AUGCCGGCGCGGUCACUUCUUGCGAUGAGCACGCGGGUUGCUGUGCAGAAUGUUCGAAGUUUGACGGAUAUCGGGAAUAUCCCAUACUCGUUGGCGAGGCCUUUUCUCAUCAAAGUCGAAAGCCCAAAGCAGUUGCGAGAACUUGAAAAAAACUCCCCCCACAUAAUGCAAGACGACCGAGAAUUAUGGAUGGAUUUCAUCAAACGCGACAUCCCUCAAUGGGAACAAUACGACAUCCCCCAAGAAUCCGAUUGCUGGUACGACAUCUACUGCGAUUUACUCGAACAAGUCCAACGCGAAGUCGAAGAAGGCGCCCUUCAACUGAAACAAGCCGUCGAUAAAUUCUACUCUGACAAGGCUAACAAUGCGGCUGUGCUUGUCAAGGAUACAAGUCGUCUACCCAAGCCACGACGCAGGUUUCAUACGAGCGGAACAAGAUCGGAACCGAAGAAGAAUAGUAUUUUUAGUAGUAAGAGGAAUAAGGUGUUGGCUGUGCCGACGCAUCAGUUGCAUAGUGGUGCGUCGAGGAUUAAUCAUGUUCCUCAGUGGUUGGUUGAUGAGCAUAAACAGGCGCCGUCUUCGCCUACGACGUUAGCGUCGAAGCCUACGUCCAAGCCUAUACAACCGUCUACCGGCAGACAAUCUCAAGCGUCGUCGCCACCUCGAGUGUCUGCCCCUCGACCACGGGUAUUAGGUCGGCCGUCUUCCGUGUCAGCGACUGACAAGGCUAAAUCUGAGAUGCCUACUGGAAGUCGACCGAUUGUGCCGGGUAAACGUGGUCCGGACAGGUCUCCGCCACGGACCCUGUCAAGUCGUUCCGAGCCAGUUGGGACACCUCCAGUUCGUGCGUCGCCGGCGUCACCUGCGAAGCCUCUUAUUAGAAAGCGUCCUGCCGCGAGUCAGCCGAAUAUUUUCAUUCAGAAGAAGCGGAGGAUUUGA